AUCUCUAUCUCUAUAUAAACAAACCUUCUCUCUCUGCUCCCAUUUCAUCUUUUGUACAUUUCAUUCUAUAUACAAAUUUUUUUUUUGUCAAGAUUUCCAAUUUCAUCUCUCCACCACCCACCCCUAUCCCUGUUUCUUCUUCUUGGUCAGCUGGAAUUUUGCAUUCAAGGUUGUUCUCUGUACUUCUUACAAGCUAGGUUCAUGUCUGAGCUCGAUAUCCAAAUCCCUACCACCUUUGAUCCGUUCGCUGAUGCCAAUGCUCAGAACUCAGGCGCAGGUGCGAAAGAGUAUGUGCAUAUUCGAGUUCAGCAGCGAAAUGGCAGGAAAAGUCUGACUACCGUCCAAGGCCUGAAGAAAGAAUUCAGCUACAAUAAAAUUCUGAAGGACCUCAAGAAGGAGUUUUGCUGCAAUGGUACCGUUGUGCAAGAUCCAGAACUCGGCCAGGUUAUCCAACUUCAAGGCGAUCAGCGGAAGAACGUGUCAACCUUUCUCGUACAGGCUGCCAUUGUGAAGAAGGAAAACAUCAAGAUUCAUGGUUUCUAGACACAAGCAAAGGAAGGGGAUUGAUGCACAUUUGUGAUUGCAAUUUCCAGUUUGUUUAAUUUUAUUACAUCCAAGCGCUACGACCGACGGUUUCUGAGUUUAACAACACCUUCUGUGGCAUUCAUUUUCCAUAUAGCAGAAGCUGAUAUUAGUAGCUUGUUGAUGUACAAAAUCAGUAUAUCAAAAGUUAUCUGGUGGUUGUAUGGUAUGCUGCUAAUUUUUCUGAAUCCCCAAUGGAGGUGGAAAAUCUGCCCAAAUGUUUACCAGAUUAUAUUCUAUUUUGGAUGAACAUCAUAUGUGUCAUUCUGUAUAUAAUUUACUAUCCAUAUUCAUUAGCUUAUUUCAUGAGCUUUUUGUUUG